AUGAAGUUAAGAUUGGUGAUACAAUUAUUAUCAUUCGCAAUUGUAUUUAAUAUAGUUUAUGCAGCAACUAUUGCAAAUAAAGGAGCAACAGUUUCAACACCAGUUGCCGUCGAAAAUGAUGAUGAAGUAGGUAUUGAAGAAGAACAACGGCAAACAAAAUUUCUUCAUAAUUCACCUAAGAGUCGACGUGAUGAUUCAUCAUCACCAGGAGGAAAAAAGUUGAAUAUGCAGUCCACAAAUGUACGAUCGGAAAAACGACGAGACAACCAAGGCGAUUCUCCUAUUCCCGAUUCAGCUGCUUCAGCUGCGUCUGAUUCGGGUGCAGUAUCGAGUGGCAGCACAAGUAGCGAUAGAAAAGGUGGGGAAGGAAUUUCGCAUUAUUAUCUAUCGCUAGGUAGUCUGGAUGAAGCUGGUGAAGAACAUACAUUACGUACAAAAUUGAAAUCAAUGCUAAGAAGAAUUCUGUCACCGGGUGGAAGAGGUCUCCACAGUGAUAUACCCACUUAUGCAAUACAUCAUUCACAUAAUUUCUAUGAACCACACUAUGGACAUCCGCAUGGGUUCUAUCGACGACAUUGGGGACACAGAGGACGAUUUGGUUACCGUAGAUAUGGAGGUCAUAUUGGCAUGGGUUAUCAUUCUCAUGGAACUGAACCAUGGGCAAUCGGUGCCCAUCCACAUACGCAUGGUCCAGUCUUCUUUAGUCGUGGAGGACACUAUGUUCAACGGUUUAUUCAUCAUCAUCCAUAUUUAAUGCGUGUACCAGUUCAUACAGAUAUUCAUCAUCCACUCAUUCGUCAGCACGUUAUUCACGAUAUGCAUUAUCAUCAACCAAUUAUCUAUCGUAAACCGAUCAUAUACAGACACCAUCAUGUUGUACCUCAUGAUACUUACGUGAGACGAUCACAUCAUGUUUCAUUACCAAGUCAACAGUACGCCAUGGGUGGGUAUCAUCAUGGUAUUGAUGAUUAUCACCAUGAUAUACACUAUGAACCACAUCAUUAUGGGGGAAUUUAUGGUAGUAUGCACAGACAACAUGGUUUUCAUGCGGGUGAUCUGGGUCAUCAUGGCUGGGGUUUCGGUAACACUUAUCCUUAUGGAUUUAAUAUGUAUGGUGCGGGUCAUCAAUGGUGGCCAUCGCACAAUGCAUACGGCUAUGGUAGUGGAUAUGGUAGUGGUUACGGUUUUGGUGGUAAUUCUUAUCCAUUUUUACAUUGGAUGCACAAUAUGAACGGAAAUUAUCGUCCAUAUCAAAACACAUAUUCGAAUCCGUGGAGCGCAAUGCAGAGUCUACAUGAUGACCAUGUUCGUUCAGUAUUACCCGAUUCACCAAGUAAUCAUCCAAUAACAAGUCGCUCAGACUCAUCUGCCCCAUCACCAUCGUCCGGUUUAUCAUCAGAUAUAGAUUCUUUACGUAAUCCACAGGGUCCAUCACUGGACGCAUCAUUAGAUCCAACAAAACGUGGUGUUUCUGCCCAAUUCAUUGAUCCAAUACCGAAUCCCGCAGCACAAUCGAAUUCGUUAGAUGAGCACAAUAUGGAUCAUCGAAUGUUUAAUCAACCACUCUUACCAGGUAUGAAUGCUGUUCAAACCCGAUAUUUUAAUCCGACUGAUCAGCAAGCACCAUCAUCUGUAUUACAACAACAAUCACAACUACCCGUCGUUAAUGAUGGACAUGUUAUUUUUAAUAACAAAGAAUAUUCAACGAAUCCGUUAGUGGUACAAGGAUGGCAAGAUAUGGCCGCACAAUCUCAGAACCUCUUACCAGAUUCAAAUGAUAAAAGCAAAGUUUAG